AUGGAGCGAAAGCGGGUCGAUGGGUUUGAAGAUGAACCUCGCGGUUUAAGAAUCAUUCCAAGUAACAAUAACAACAAUGACACGGUCGCCAAUGCCAUUGCACGAUCUCUGACCGACACGCGCAAAGGUCAUUGCGAUACUUGUAAUAACGAAGAUUCGGACUUCACCGGGACGCAUUCCAUCAUAGCUGCACCGGAAUAUCUCCGCAUCUACCUCUCGCUUGCCCUAAUCACUAAACGUUCCGUCACGAAUGGAAAAGGUGAAACGGUAGUGGCUGCAACCUUGACGAAGAAUCGCAAUCACAUCAUCAUCCCCGACAUCCUCGACUUGACACAACACAUGGAUUACUUCGCAACGAUGCAGAAUCCUGACCCGGUACGCUAUAAGCUUGUUUCUGCUACAUACCACAAAGGAGAUCAACUUAAUGCGGGUCACUACACGGCCGCUGUUACAGGGCACAUGCUACCGGGUCAACGGGUACGACCACAGUUCUUUUGUGAUGAUGCGAAUAUUAUUGAUCUGCCUCCAACUGCUGCUCACCCAAAUACCAUUACGGAGAAUCCUAUACGGGGCUACUUUGAUGCUGUUACUCUCUACUAUGAGCGGAUUGCGCCAACUGGUGGCACUUUGACUCCAGCUAAUAAGCUGUCAAAGGCAGAUCUGAAAGUUGUAGAGGAGGGGAAGGGCAGAAGUGAUCCUCCGCCCAGGAGCUGCAAAGGGAAGAAAGAGGGGAACGAGGAUGAGAAGAAAGGGAAUAGGAGUAGGAAGAGAAAGAAUAAUGAGACGAAAGACGACGAAGUUCAGGAAGAAAAGACCCAGAAGGGGAGAGGAAAGGGGAAGGGGAAGGGGAAGGCAUCUGAAAACGAACAAGAACUGAAUGAGCGGGUGAAAAUGUCCGAACCUAUGGAUCAGAGCUCUUGGGACGCCCUUCAACAGGCUUAUGAUCUAUCAAAGGCACCCGGACCUCUGGACCAAAACAUUUGGACUGCCUUUGGCCAGCUCUGUAGUCUGUAA